AUGAAGUUCUAUUCCCCUUUGGAUGUAACUACCCAGAGAACUUUGCUUCAGCAAGUUUACCAGCUAAUAUCAGUUCGGACAUCUCAGGAAUGUUCCUUUAUCACACCCCCUAAACUAUUGGAAGAUUUGGAAGAUAUCAAGGUAAUCUACCGUCAUUACGCUACGUUGUAUUUCGUAUUUAUAGUCGAUGACCAAGAAUCAGAGCUUGGUAUCCUUGACUUAAUUCAGGUUUUCGUGGAAUGUCUAGACAAAUGUUUUACAAACGUUUGUGAGCUUGAUCUAGUGUUUGGAUGGCAGGUGUUGCAAACUGUUUUGGAGGAAAUUGUCCAGGGUGGAAUGGUGAUAGAUACAAAUAUCUCUAGAAUUGUGUCUGCAGUCGAUGCAGCCAACAGCCAAAAAGUAACGGGUGUAAAUGGCUCCAGCUGGCUCCUGGGAUUUGAGAACAGCUUCAGAUGGAAGUAA